GGGUGUCCCAGGGCCUGAGGCAGAACGGUCCUCCGCUGACACCUUCCCUUUCGGUCCUGAGGUUCCCGGCCUGGUGGCUCCAGGACGUUCCGGUCGCAUGGCAGAGUGCUGCGGACGACGCCUAUGAAGUCCUUAGUCUUUCUAGUUGCGUUGUUGCUGUGGUCUUCGUCCGUGCCGGCUUAUCCGACACCAUGAGUGCCAAGGAGCAUGCCAGGUGGCUCCGGUGGGUGACUCAGCAGUUUAAGACCAUUGCAGGAGAAGAUGGGGAGAUCAGCCUGCAAGAAUUCAAAUCAGCUCUGCAUGUGAAAGAGUCCUUCUUUGCAGAGCGAUUCUUUGCCCUGUUUGACUCCGAUAGAAGUGGCACCAUCACCCUCCAGGAGCUGCAGGAGGCACUGGCCCUGCUUAUCCACGGCAGCCCCAUGGACAAACUCAAAUUCCUCUUCCAGGUGUAUGACAUCGAUGGCAGCGGCUCUAUUGACCCGGAUGAGCUGCGUACUGUGCUGCAGUCGUGCCUGCGCGAGAGCGCCAUCUCGCUGCCCGACGAGAAGCUGGACCAGCUGACGCUGGCGCUCUUCGAAUCGGCCGACAAGGACGGCAACGGGGCCAUCACCUUCGAGGAGCUCCAGGACGAGCUGCAGCGCUUCCCCGGAGUCAUGGAGAACCUGACCAUCAGCGCUGCCCACUGGCUGGUGGCCCCCACCCCCCGCCCACGCCCGCACCGGCCGCGCCAGCUGACCCGCGCCUACUGGCACAACCACCGCAGUCACCUGUUCUGCCUGGCCGCCUAUGCAGGCCUCCACGUGCUGCUCUUCGCGCUGGCAGCCGGCGCGCACAGUCACCUCGGCGCCAGCGUCAUGGUGGCCAAGGGCUGCGGCCAGUGCCUCAACUUCGACUGCAGCUUCAUCGCGGUGCUGAUGCUCAGACGCUGCCUCACCUGGCUGCGGGCCACGUGGCUGGCUCAAGUCCUACCACUGGACCAGAACAUCCAGUUCCACCAGCUUAUGGGCUACGUGGUGGUGGGGCUGUCCCUCGUGCACACCGUGGCCCACAUUGUGAACUUUGUGCUCCAGGCUCAGGUGGAGGCUAGCCCUUUCCAGUUCUGGGAGCUGCUGCUCACCACGCGGCCUGGCAUUGGCUGGGUACACGGUUCGGCCUCCCCGACGGGUGUCGCUCUGCUGCUGCUCCUUCUCCUCAUGUUCAUCUGCUCCAGUUCCUGCGUCCGCAGAAGUGGCCACUUUGAGGUGUUCUAUUGGACUCACCUGUCCUACCUCCUCGUGUGGCUUCUGCUCAUCCUUCAUGGGCCCAACUUCUGGAAGUGGCUGCUGGUUCCUGGAAUCUUGUUUUUCCUGGAGAAGGCCAUUGGACUGGCAGUGUCCCGCAUGGCAGCCGUGUGCAUCAUGGAAGUCAAUCUCCUCCCCUCCAAGGUCACUCAUCUCCUCAUCAAGCGGCCCCCUUUUUUUCACUAUAGACCUGGUGACUACUUGUAUCUGAACAUCCCCACCAUCGCUCGCUAUGAGUGGCACCCCUUCACCAUCAGCAGUGCUCCUGAGCAGAAAGACACUAUCUGGCUGCACAUCCGGUCCCAAGGCCAGUGGACAAACAGGCUAUACGAAUCCUUCAAGGUAUCAGACCCCCUGGACUGUGGUUCCAAGAGGCUGUCGAGGAGUGUGACAAUGAGAAAGAGCCAAAGGUUGUCCAAGGGCUCCAAGAUACUUUUGGAGAACCACCAAUUCUGUAACAUCAAGUGCUACAUCGAUGGGCCUUACGGGACCCCUACCCGCAGGAUCUUCGCCUCUGAGCACGCCGUGCUCAUCGGGGCAGGCAUCGGCAUCACCCCCUUUGCUUCCAUCCUGCAGAGUAUCAUGCACAGGCACCAGAAAAGAAAGCAUACUUGCCCCAACUGUCAGCACUCCUGGAUCGAAGGUGUCCAAGACAACAUGAAGCUCCAAAAGGUGGACUUUAUCUGGAUCAACAGAGACCAGCAGUCUUUUGAGUGGUUUGUGAGCCUGCUGACUAAACUGGAGAUGGACCAGGCCCAGGAGACUCAACAUGACCGCUUCCUGGAGCUGCAUAUGUACAUGACAUCUGCACUGGGCAAGAAUGACAUGAAGGCCAUUGGCCUACAGAUGGCUCUUGACCUCUUGGCCAAGAAGGAGAAGAAAGACUCCAUCACGGGGCUGCAGACGCGCACCCAGCCUGGGCGGCCUGACUGGAGCAAGGUGUUCCAGAAAGUGGCUGCUGAGAAGAAAGGCAAGGUGCAGGUGUUCUUCUGUGGCUCCCCAGCUCUGGCCAAGGUGCUGAAGGGCCAUUGUGAGAAGUUCAGCUUCCGAUUUUUCCAAGAGAAUUUCUAGCCUCACCUCUCCAAGCUCUGCCCCAAAUCCACACCAUGGGUCUGCUUCAUCGCAUUAAUAUAAACGCCCCCACAGGGACCAGCCUCAGACAACCCACCCAAUAAGACAAAGCCUAGGGACCCCCUAAUCCUGCUCAACGCGGGGAACAGGAGACUCCAAGGGACAAAUGAACUUCCUCUAGAACCGGGGGGAAGGGACAGUGCCUUGUUCAGUCUGCUGUAGAUUCUGGGGUUGCUGUGAAACUGAGGAAACCAGAAGCUGGUGACUGGAGCUUGGGGGUGGGGUUCGAGGGGGCCGAGGGCAACCACUCCUCCAGACAUUUUCUGACGGAGGCUUCCCCUACAUCCAUGGUCCCAAACCUGCCCAAUCAUCACAGUCAUUUGGAAGCUUAUUUCUCUGGCAUCUUAUAAAAUUGUUCAAACAUACAG